AUUACACCUCAUUACUAAUUCACUGCUUACAGUAUAGAGACGUUAAGGAAUAACUAAUUAUUUUUUAUUUCUAUCUUAACCUGGUAUAUUUUAAAAUAAACACUGCGUUUCGUUUGUUAGGCACCUAUAAAGUACCUCUUGUAAAUCGUAUUGGUGAAGUUUUAUCAGUUUUUGAUGAUACCAGAGUUAUUUUUGCACUGUAAAAGCGGUGAAGACCUAUUUUUAUAGGAUACAGCAUGUUGCUCGUGUUCUAAUUUACUUGUACUUCCCUACAACUUGUGCGAGUGAAAAUGAACGAUCUAGUUUUUAUUGGUGAUUGGACAAAGGACCGGGUUUUAGGAUCCGGAAGUUUUGGUGUCGUUGUUCUUUGGAGGCACAACAGAACUGAUGAAAAGUUGGCCAUAAAAACUUGCAAAUGGAGCGACGAACUUACCGAGAAACACCGGGAACGAUGGACCAAGGAAGUGGAAAUGUUGCAGAAGUCGGACAACGCGAAUAUUGUAAGUACGAAAGAAUUACCGCCAGAAUUUGUCAGCGGUUUGGAACGAAUGAAUCCUUCGCGACUGCCCAUCCUGUGCAUGGAGUAUUGCAGUGGCGGCGACCUGCGCCAGCUCCUCAAUAAAGCGGAGUUCUGUUCUGGCCUGAAGGAGGCACAAGUGCGACAAAUACUCAGCGACAUCACGAACGCUAUGCAGUUUCUUCACGGCAACAAGAUCACGCAUCGGGACUUAAAACCUGAGAACAUAGUUAUGCAAAUCAUUGACAGUCCAGGGAAGCAAAACAUAGGUCCUCAAGCUCAAAAGAAAGUAGUCUACAAACUUAUUGACCUUGGAUAUGCUAAAGAAAUAGACUCUCACUCGGUGUGUGCUAGUUUUGUUGGCACUUUGCAGUAUCUUGCCCCGGAAUUAUUCUCUAGUAAAACUUACAGCAACUCUGUUGAUUUCUGGUCCAUGGGUUUAAUUGCUUUUGAAGUUAUUUGUGGCAUAAGACCUUUCCUACCAUACUUGGCACCUGUGCAGUGGAUACCGCAUGUCAAAAAGAAGGUACACGACAACAUAAGUGUGUAUGAAACAUACCACGGGGACAUUGAAUAUUCAAAUGAAUUAUUUUCUGAAAACUUUAUAUCCAAACCACUUAAAGUGUUGUUAGAAAAGUGGUUAAGAGUAGCUUUGGAGUGGGAACCAAGACUAAGAGGAAGAGAUGCUCCAUCAAAAGUGACAUUUAACAUCCCCGCUGAACAGGCUUCGGGAGCGAGUAAAAUUGUGAUAUUUGAACUGUUACAAGAAAUAUUAUCUAAAAAGAUAGUAAAGAUAUUUUCAGUCUCUACACUAUCCCAACAUGCCUAUGAAAUUGAUGACAAAAUGAACAUAUCAACACUUAAAAAAUAUCUAGAGGAUGAUACUAAAGUUCCUAAAGAAAACCAAAUCUUAAUUUCUCCUAAAAGUUUUCUAGACCUUGGAGAUGAUGAAUUAGUAUCAAAUUAUUGGAAUGAUUCCUGCAAUAACAUGAUCUAUCUGUAUGACAAAACUGUCAUGAUAAAAGAUCUCAUUGAACCCAUUGUGCCUAAAACUGUACAGAGAUCUCUCAAAGAAAAUCAAAAGGCCAUGUACAAUUUUAAGAACAGCCAGAAUUUGUACAGGAAUAGUGUGUAUUUUGUAAUGACCCAAGUGGAAAUGUAUGAAUCUUUAAUCAAUGGACUGUUUGUAAGGGCAGAAUCCCUUAAACACGGGAGCAAACUGCUGCUUUUAAACCAUAAUAAAGUUGACAAAUGUAUAGGGAAGUUAUCUGACAAACUGGAAGUUGUUACAAAAAUGACAGAGACUGGCAAAAAGCAUAUUGAGCGUCUCAGAGAAACCGGUACUGGUGUCAAUUACCUUGGCGGCUUCGACAAGAUAUUUAAAGAUGUUGAUGACCGGUCUGAGAAAAUAACCAAAUUGCAGCUAGCGUGGAACCAGCUCUCUGUAAGACUACAAUCUGCAACAAGACGCAGCAAUGAAGUACUAACCACAGACAUCAACAACUUUGUUUCCAAAAACAACUUUCAGACAAUACUCAUGGACACUCUGAAAACCUAUGUUCAGUUCAGAAAGAGUGAAUUCUUCACUGACCAAAGAUGUAGAGAGAAACAGUGCACUGACAUCAUAAAGCAUUCCUAUGAAUGUUUGAAACUUAGAUGUAAAAUCUUACAUGAAAUGCGGCAUCAACCAUUUGUGUUGAAGCUUAUGGAUCUGAACACUGAGCUUUCAAAGAUUGCUGAUAUUAUUUCUAAUGCUGCUGAUACCACAGAUAAAUUAAACCUAGAUUUGACAACAGCAAUAGAGGAGUUGACUGAUUGUAUGUGGAACACCAUAAGUCUUCUGAGCAGUGAUGCGGAUGAUAUAGCCAACUUGCCUUACAGUGUGGUAUCAUUCCAGAAGAGAGACUUCAAGAUUGGGGAGCCAGUAUCCAAUCAUUGUAUCCAAGUACCAAACAUACAAGAUGAUGAAAAACUCAAAUCUCUGAUUGAAGAAAGUCUGAAAUUGAGGAAAAAUCAUUCAUAUUUAACUGAGCAGUUCAACAUGCAUAAAGAAUUCUUGAAAAAGUCAAGUUUUGACUACAGUUUCCUGGCUGAAUAAAAUGAUAACUUAGUUGCUAGAAGGAUGAGAAUAUUUAAUUAUAAAUCUGAAAAAUUUCAACUUUAUGAAAAAAUAAGGUACAUUGAGGCAAUUAAACAUUUUUGAAAUAUCUACAGUAGAUUUUAACUAGUUACACUUCAAUGCACCUUAUAUAUUAUUUGUUUUUGUGCAAUAAGUUAGUUAAUUGUAGAUAAUUAUACCUAAGUAAUGUAAUGUAAAAUAAAUCUAAUGUUGUGACAUGAUGGUGCUAUUUGACAUAUUACUAAAAUAUCUAUAACUAGUUUGCUGCUCUAAAUCAAUAGAAAUGUGUCUUACUUAGUUGAUAAUAUUUCAUUUGAACAAAACAAUCAGAAUAACAAACUCGAGACUGCUCAAAAAUAUUUGGACAUACACUUUUUUAUAACUUUGACAAUUCAAAGUUAUAAAAAAAGUAUGUCCAAAUAUUUUUGAGCAGCCUGUAGAUUAGAGUACCAUACCAACGUACAGUCAGCAGCAAAAGUAGCUAAGCUUUUUUUGUCAUGUUGUUCUAUAAGAGAGUUGUUCAAAAUCAUAUAGAACAUAAAAAAAAAAUUUGAAGAUUUCAUUUAUUCAGCAACCAUUCUGCUGACUGUAGGUUGUUAAAGGUAUGUGUGUGUGUUUAGAUUAGAUCACGUUUGUUUCAUCCUGAUUGCAUUUAUGUAGUUAAGGACAUGCUAUAUAUAUUUGUUUGUACACACACACAAUGAAUUACUAUAAGUGUGCCAUUUUUUGUCUUUCUCAUUUAUUGUGUAUCUAUUAAUGUUAAACUUCUAUUGGUGCUGCUGUAGAACAUAGUAAACAAAAUUUAUAACUUCAA